CAAAAGCAAGUCCAUCAACUAUUAUCGGAGGCGCAUCACAAGGUGGCUCGAUGAUUCUGCAAUAACCAUUCCACAACCCACUCCCUCCCUCCUUCUCGCCAAUCGACCCCAACUCUCCAAGUCACCUGGGGGAAAACUCUCUUUUUGUUUCUCGUGUUUCACACUUCUGUCUCUAUUGUGUCGUCAUGGGCGUUAUUGGUAUCGGCCUCAUCGUCGCCUCUGUUGUCUGGGUACUUGUUCGUCCGCCGUCAUGGAUGCCAGAGCCGCUACAGAUCCUCCUUCGCUGGAGAGGGACUGGUUUUCCUGCUGUUGCACCUAAGGACGAGGCUGAGACUGAAGCUGAUGAUGCUGAUGCUGAUCCUGGACCCCGUAUCAUGGUGUCGGAUCACGAGGUGGAACCGGGCCCUCGACUCCGGGCUCGUCCGGCCGAUAACCGUACCACACGAGACGACGACCAGCGUCGAGACCAAGGGAAGGCUACCGCUACUGCGAUCGAUACCCCGACCUCAUCGAAGGGCCCCAGGAAUGAUGCUACGUCUAUGCCGCCGCCUCCUUUACCAAAGGUUACACCUCCAUCCCUAACCAUCGCCGAGCCCGAAGAACAAACAACUCCCAAGGCUGUCGCAUCCGAUCCUCCCUCUAUUUCCGUCCCCAGCUUCAGUCUUGACAAUGCUCCUAUUGCGCCGAGCUCACACCCCGCCCCGCGUCGGAACCCCACAGCCCCGGGCCCCGCUCUCUCCCCGAACCCAACCUCCAUGAUGCCUCCGCCUCCAGCUCCAGGCCGUCUCCCUCCUCCCAAGUUCUCAGCUGCCCCACCUGCUGGUCGCCUGCCAUCACUCUCUCAGUUCCCCGCCGUGAACUCACCGCAACGCGCUCGUGGCCCUCUACCAAACCGAGGUCCUCCGUCAUCAGGUGGCCUGGCACCUCCACCUACACACUCAUCGAAACCCAGCAAGCCCAAUCGCAAGGUCCUCCUCACGCCGGGCCACUCUCCUCUCGACUGGGCUCGCAUAUCUGGACCGAAUGCCGACCUCCGUGGUGUCGAACCUCAAACACCAUACCUGCGUGUGACUCCAUCUAUGUUGAAGCGCAUGACAGGUCGCAAGGGCAAAGAUGCUUGGAUGGCCCUGAACGGCAAGGUGUACAAUGUUACACCAUAUGCCGACUUUCAUCCUGGCGGUGUUCCUGAGUUGAUGCGUGGUGCUGGACGUGACGGCACCAAGUUAUUUGGCGAGAUUCAUCCUUGGGUCAACUACGAGACUAUGUUAUCAGCCUGUCUUGUAGGCCUUCUUGUCGAAGAAUCCGAAGGCACUGAGAGUCAGAUGGAUCAGAUGGACUGAACCAUGACAUUGAAGAUACGGCAUAGACCAUAGACGCAAGACUGCUGGCGCAUCCAUGUUACAUGGAAACGAUAUUUUACAUGUAUUAGACUAUACUGUUCGCGCCAUAGAUGUUCUUCUCGAACACUUAGAUGUACAUUAGCUAGAAAGAUACCCCACAGAGACCGGUCUUUACCGUCUCUUUCCAAAUCGAAACUUGAGCUCGUCAUCACUGUCACUAUCCGCGACUUCCACAGCUCUUCUCGUUGGCCGACUCCGCUUCGGAGGCUGCUGUCCUGCAGCAGGCUCUGCUGCAGCUCGUUUACUCCCCU